UCUAUAAAUUCCAUUCGCUGCCAGACGACGUCUUCAGUUUGAGUCCAAACCCUUGUGCUGAGUGUUCCUCUCCGAGUAGCAGACACAUCCAUCGCAGACCAUCGAGCAAAUCCCAGAAACCACGACGGGCAUUAAAUGCCAAACCUGUAGUGCAGAACUCACCAACCCCUUCCAAUUGGCCACAUCUCAAUCUUAGCCGAAGUUGUAAUAACAAACAAAAAGACACUGGGACACAUUUCGAUUCAAGCGAAAUACUCCCUAUCCCACCAUCUUUUCCGGACUUUGAGUUUGGCCUUUGAAUGCUGCUGCAGCACUGCGCAAAAAUCACCAACCUCGAUCAGCAUUUCGCAGAGUGCUGGAACACAAGCCUCUUGCGAAACUUAGACUUCAUCUCCCUUCUGAGCUUUAUUUCCCUAAGUGUUGCCGAGAUGGCCGCCAUUCCACAAGGUGCCUUCGCAGCCUGCAAGAUCCGAGAGCAAUUCAACGAGCGGGAGCUGACCAUCGCCCGCCUGAGGUCCGCUGCUGCAGAUAAGGGUUCCGUUGACAACGGGAACGCGCUAACCCAGCGCGAGUACUCGCCGAACAAGUACAACGACAAGCUGAUGAACUCCAUCUGGGGAUUGUACAAUCGCUACUCCCCCCACAAUGUGAAGAAGAACGAGUACGCCCCCACCAAGUGAAGACCUAAAGGGGGGUCACGAUGGGCCCCACACGCGACCAGCAUCCCCGCCGGAAUGUUGGUCCAAAUCACUUGUAUAUAUCCACAUAUGUAGCCAAAACUAUAAUCUCAAGCAUAUAUUAUACGCACAUGUAAUAUGUACUCGCAAACACGUAUCACUUUGGUAACAAAUAUCUAUUUAAUGCCGCAAUGUUUUGUAAAAUUCAAUAAAUACUUAUGAUGUUGCAUGUAAAGGAACAAGA